AUGGCCACCUCCACCAUGUCUGUCUGCUCUGAUGCUUGCACCAACUCCUCCUGGCAGGUGGAUGACUGCCCAGAGAGCUGCUGUGAGCCUAGCUGCUCAUCUUGUAUUACCCUUGUCUGCACCCCAGUGAGCUGUGGGUCCAGCCCCUGCUGCCAAUCUGUCUGUGCUAGCUCCUGUGAACCCUCAUGCUGCCAGCAGUCUAGCUGCCAGCCCUCAUGCUGCCAAUCUUUCUGUUGUAUGCCUGUCUGCUGCAAGCCUGUCUGCUGUACACCCAUCUGUUCUGGCUCCUCAUGCUGCCAGCAGUCUAGCUGCCAGCCAGCUUGCGGCACCUGCUCUCCUUGCCAGCCAUCCUGUUGCAUGACCCUGUGCUGCAAGCCCAUCUGCUGCACACCCAUCUGCUCUGGAUCCUCCUCAUGCUGCCAGCAGUCUAGCUGCCAGCCCUCAUACUGCCAGUCAUCCUGCUGUGUGCCUGUCUGCUGCAAGCCUGUCUGCUGCAAGCCCUGCUCCAGCGUGUCUCUGCUCUGCCGCCCUGUGUGCAGACCUGCCUGCUGUGUGCCCAGCUCCUCCUGCUGUGCCUUGUCUUGCCAGCCCAGCUGCUGCAAGCCCUGCUCCAACAUGUCCCUGAUCUGCAGCCCUGCCUGCUCCAGCCAGGCCUGCUGUGGCCUCUCCUCAGGCCAGAAGUCCAGCUGCUGCUAA